UUUGCCAAUCGACAACAUGCAAUUUCCCGCCAUUUGAAGAAAAAUGUCGGAUCAUCACGAUUUACCGUUCAAGGCCGAAUAUGCUAAAAGCGAUCGAUCUAGCUGUAAAGCAUGCAAAUCAAACAUUUCAAAAGAUUCACUGAGAUUGGCAAUUAUGGUCCAGUCACCCCAUUUCGAUGGAAAGGUUCCCAACUGGUUUCAUUUUGCUUGUUUUUGGAAGAGAGCAAAAGUUGCCCAGCCUGAUGAUAUUCAUGGUUACCAUUCCUUGCGAUGGGAAGACCAGCAGAAGGUGAAGGGAAAGAUUGGUGGUGGUGGUGGUGGUGGCGGCGGAGGGGAUGGAGAUGCAACAGAUGGAGGGGAUUCAGAUCCAAAAAUGUUUACAACAGAAUAUGCUAAAUCAAAUCGUAGCACCUGUCGUGGUUGUGAAGAUAAAAUUGACAAAGGCUUGAUUCGAAUUUCCAAAAAAGAAUUUGACAGUCAGCGAGCCAAAAUGUAUGGUCCCCAAGAACUCUGGCACCAUGUUGAUUGUUUUGUAGAUAAAAAAGACGAUCUGGAAUUUAAUGUAGAUAUAAAACAAAUAACAGGAUUCAAAAGUUUAAAGAAAGAAGAUCAAGAAGAACUGAUUAAAAAACUGGGAGGAGCAGGACCUGCCAAAAAGAGAAAAGGGGACACAAAAUCUGAAGCACCUGCAAAAAAAGUUAAAAUAGAGGAAACAGAAGAAGAAAAGCAGCUCCGUGACCAAAGCGCCUUAAUCUGGAAAUAUCGCGACCUGUUGAUAAAGAAUGUGUCGAACCAAGCCAUGAAACUAAUGCUCGAGUUGAACGAACAAAAUGUUCCACCUGGUGAAAGCAAACUUUUAGAUGCCAUGUCUGAUUGCUUGACAUUCGGUGCUUUGGAACGAUGUCCAGAAUGUAAGGAAGGGCAGUUUUAUUAUACCACCGAGGGUUAUAAAUGUUCAGGCAAUAUGACUGCCUGGACAAAAUGUAUGAACAUUAUCAAGAAUCCUAAACGUAAGGCCUUUAAAGUCCCUAAGGAAUUUCAUGACGUUGAAUUUUUAAAAAAAUACAAAUAUAAAGCUAACACUAGAAUAUUUCCGGUUGUAAAAGUCUCGGCUAUUGAAGGUCCAGUGAGGGAUUCGGUUGAUGGUGUCCUAGCAACAGAUAAGCCAUUAGAUCAAAUGAAAUUUGUCAUCAUUGGAAAAACGAAGAAAUCCAAAGCUGUCCUCACUAAAGAGAUAUCCAAUUUGGGUGGUACAGUUAUCUCUAAACCCGAUGGAAGUGUUGCUGCAUGCAUUUCAACCAAAAACGAAGUUGAUAAAAAAUCAAAAGGUAUUAAAGAAGCGGAAAAGGCAGAUGUCCAUGUGGUAAGCGAGGAUUUUUUGGAAGAUUUAAAAGCUGGAGAAGUGGUAGCCCAUAUUUUGAAACACAGUUUGUCAACAUGGGGCUCAGAUCCUGCUACACGAAUUGGUGACAUUAAACCUAAAACCCUGCCAAAAAAGAGUGCUUACAAGAGUGGUAUGACCGCAAAGGAAGAAGCCAUGUUCACCAAAAGCGUCCCAACCAAAAAGAAAAUGACGGUUAAGGGUGGUGCAGCAGUUGAUCCUGAUUCUGAAUUAGAAGAUGUUGCUCAUGUUAUCGAAGAACGAGGCUCGGUUUACAGUGCCGUUUUGGGAAUGGUUGAUAUAGUCAAAGGAACUAACUCUUAUUAUAAAUUACAGGCGCUUGAGAAAGAUAAGGGCAGUGGUUGGUAUCUAUUUCGAUCCUGGGGUCGAGUUGGUACAACGAUUGGUGGCAACAAAUGUGAAAAACAAGGCUCAAGAGCUGCAGCUAUUAACAGCUUUAAAACCAUGUAUGCAGAAAAAACAAAUAAUGACUGGGACAACCGAGCAAAUUUUGAAAAAUUUCCCAACAAGUUUUAUCCACUGGAAAUCGAUUAUGGUCAAGAUGAUGAAAAUAUUAAAAACUUAGAUGAUUCCAGAGCUGGUUCAAAACUUCCUAGAAAUGUUCAAGAUGUCAUUUGUGCUAUCUUUGAUAUCGACCAAAUGAAGAAAGCCAUGGUGGAAUUUGAAAUCGAUUUGAAAAAAAUGCCGCUGGGGAAACUUUCUAGGAGACAGAUUGAAACAGCUUAUUCUGUGUUGACAGAACUAAAUACGCUCAUUGAAACAAAAGGUUCACAAAACAAAUUCUUGGAUGCAUCAAAUCGAUUUUACACCCUCAUUCCACAUGAUUUUGGAAUGAAAAAACCUCCAUUGCUUGAUACACCUGAAGUUAUAAAAAUGAAAACUGAGAUGUUGGACAAUCUACUGGACAUUGAAGUGGCGUACAGUUUAUUGAAAGGCGGUGAUGAAGGAGCCAAUCCUAUUGAUGCGCAUUACAAGAAACUCAAAUGUUCCAUGGAUCCAAUGGAGAAAAAGAGCGACAUGUAUGAUAGAUUGGUGAAAUACGUUGAAAAUACCCAUGCUGCAACCCACAAUCAGUACUCACUUCAAGUUGAAGACAUAUUUGAAAUCAAAAGAGAAGGCGAAGAAGAAAAAUACCAACCAUUUGAAGAUCUUCACAAUCGACAGUUAUUAUGGCAUGGUUCACGAACGACGAAUUACGCUGGUAUUUUAUCACAAGGGUUGCGUAUCGCCCCGCCAGAAGCUCCUGUCACGGGUUAUAUGUUCGGUAAAGGUGUUUAUUUUGCCGAUAUGGUUUCAAAAAGUGCCAAUUAUUGUCGGGCUAGUAAAACUGAUAGUACAGCCUACAUGCUGUUAUGUGAGGUGGCUCUGGGUAAUCCCCACGAACUUCUCGCCAGUAGCUAUGUUACAUCACUACCAAAAGGAAAGCAUUCAACUAAAGGUUGUGGUAUGACAGUACCUGAUGAGAAGGGGGCGUACAUUACCGAGGAUGGUGUGAAAAUUCCCAUGGGUAAAGGAACAAAUGCUACGAUUGGUCGAUCUAGUUUGCUAUAUAAUGAAUAUAUUGUCUAUGACACGGCACAGAUUAAAAUGAAGUACAUGCUAAAGAUGAAAUUUAACUUUAAAUGGUGAAAUUGAGGGUAGGAAAUAAAUACAUGUAAAAACCUACAUGUAAAUGUUAUGUUAGUGAGCAAUUUUAUAUCAUUUGUAAGGAUUUAUUGUCAAUCUGCCUGCUUCGCAAAAAGUAGGGGACUUUUGAAAUUGGUUUCUCUGCCUGUCAUACCUUUUGGAAGACCAAUGAAUCUGCUUCUGUUCGAGGUAGAAUUUUAAAACUUGUUGAAGUUCAGUACAUGUAGAUGUAUGGCUGGACUGGGUAUGAUGUAUUUUAACUUGUGUUACAUUGAUUGGUCAAUGCUUUAUUUUCGAAUUAGGGGGUUGGUUGGUCUAAUGGUUUAUCAUGAGCGUGAAAUCAUAAUGUCUGUCAUUGUAUCAAGUGGCGUGGUUUUGAUUCUCCGCUUAAACGUGAAAGGAGUAGGGUUGCAUGUCCAAUCUUGUUGCUUUACCCCCCACACUAAUAAAGACCCCAACGUGCAAGCGAAUUAUUGAAAUAAAGUUGAACCAUAUAUGUAUCUUAGUCCGGAAAUGACCUUCGGAUUAAGUAAGGGGGACUUCUAAUAUACAUGUACUGUUUUCUAUCUAAUUUGUUAAUGUCAGGUAGAUCACAGAAAAACUUACUUUUAUUAACUUGGGGUACAUUGGAAAAUAAAUGUUUUGUGUGUGGUAAAAUUCAUAGAUUUUGAAGUACAUGUAGAUACAUGUAUUCCAUAAUAACUAGUCUUAUUUGACAGUCUCAGUAUUUAAAGAUAACAGUUGUUUGCAGUCAUUAACAUGCGUGAUAUAUCAUUGUUAUUUUUAGUUAUCAUUACAAUGUUUGUGAUUUUGUUAUAUUAUGAUUCGUUACAGUAUUUAGUAAAAUAUUGUAACCUCAUUAAUACACAUUGAAUGUGUGCCGGCAUGUGUCCAGGGUGGAGGGUCUGCUCACAUGGAGCCUAUACAACAGGGAGCCUAGGAGAGAGCCUAUACAUUUAAAAGAGUAAAUUGCCUUCAGAAACAACCUAUUUCGAAGAAAUCAAAUUAAAAAUUUCAGCGGUCAGUCACGCAAGAACAGCCUUCCCCCCCCCCCCCCCCCCCCUGAUCAUUUUUCUGCACAGGUCCAUGGUGUGGUUAAUUUUUGUAGUUUAGCUUUAUUCAUGUGAUUUUACACUGUACAGUAUAUUAAGAAUCCUACACAAAUCUACCCUUAAAUUGAAUAUUGAUCAAGUUAGUAGUGUACUAGAGGGAUAAAACAAAGAUACAGGUAUUAUUAACUUGGGAGAUUUUAAUAUUUGUCAUGCAUCAUUCUACAUGUAUGGGGUUCUCCAAAUAUUAUGAAGUAGAAUUUCCAGUUUACAAGUGACUGUGAGUAUACAUGUACAUGAUCAAGAGUAAUGGUCACUUUCAAAUAUUCAGUGUUACUCAGGAUAUUCUUAAGAAUUAUCCACAUAUUAAUUAAUGUCUCUGAGUGUUAAAUAUAUACUCUUCAAAAAGGUAGGGGAUAUUGAAAUGCAAAUACCUAUGCAGGUUGUGAUAUGAUAAAUAGUCAUGGACACUUAUCACCCCAACAGAACCACUGAGCUGCACAUGCGACACGCAAUAGCCCCAUACACGUGGGAGCGGUUCAUUGUCAAAUUUUACACUUCAAGGAAGGGUUGAAGAAAACUGCCGUUUGCUGGUUUAUCCUAUCCAUGUUUGCUUUCAUAUCGGUUUUUGCAUAAGAUUUGCUGUUUAGCCUAUCUUUGCUUUAGUUUUCGUCGACCGACAACACUGCAUGAAUUGACCGUGGCCCUGCAAGAGGAGUGGGUCAGAUUGCCCCAAAUCGUGAUUGGACGGUUGAUUAGGAGCAUCCCACGACAAAUUGCUGAAUGUCUGAGGAUUGGUGGAGCAAUUACUCAUUAUUAAGACAAAAAUCAAAAACGUCCAUUUUCACUUUUGACAGUGUAUCUCUUUGCAAGUGAAAUGGGACCGUCAGAUAAGCCGCCCAUAUGAACUGUUUAUGUUCAUGUGUAGGCAAUUGGCCUGUUAUUAACAUACACUGGUUACCUCUAAUAAAAAUAGCAGUGCAUUUCCGCAUUUUUGUAUUGUUUCUGAAUAUCUCCUACGUUUUUUUUGAAGAUUAUACAUGUAUAUUUGAAAAGUAAAAACUGCUUCUUUUCUUUAAUCCACAAAUGAAUGGUAAUGAAUACUGUCAUUAUUUCAGAUAUUGAUUAAUGAACGCUUUUUUCACAGGCUACUGACCAAUAUCAGAGUUUUUAUGAGAAUGCUAAACUGGAUUGUUUCUUGUUAUUAGAAAUUUGUUAAGACAAGCUGAUCUUUGUGAUGAUUGUGCUGAAUAAUUUGCUUGUACCAUGUGAUUAUUUUAUAAAAGAUUCCAACCUGAUUAAAAUACAGAUCUAUA